GAGCAGGGACUCCUCUGUGCAUUGGAUUUGAAACCCUCAUCGUCAUCUGACGGUUGCAUCUACUGCAAAAGAAACAACAGCUUUUUGUUUUUACCACUUGUAGCUGCUUGGAUCUGAUGGAAAUCUCUACAGGAGAUUCAGUUUGAAAUCCGGGGACCACAGGAUUACUUCUUCAUGAAGGCAAAUGUGCCAUCUUGUGACUGAAGGAACCUUUCUAUAAAUUCAGCUGGAAGAUUUUCAUUACAGCCCUGACGUGAAAAAUUCAGAGUUGGAUCUGUUUCCUCUGAACUGUAAAUUCAGAUAAAAGACAUCAGGAUAGAAGUGUUGCCAUGGCAGAGAGGAGACGGACAGGCUAUAGCAUCCAAAGAAAGAUCCUGGAUGAAGGAGCUGUGGAUGAGAUGGCAGAAAAGUCUGACUCAAAACCCUCUCUGUGUGAGAAGGUUAAAAAGUCAAUGAGCUGUUCUGGUCCGCGGUUGAAGAACUGCCUGCUGGGUAGUGUUCCUGUAAUAUCAUGGCUGCCUCGUUACUCCAUCAGAGACAACGCUCUGGGUGACCUGAUCUCUGGAAUCAGUGUGGGGAUCAUGCAGUUGCCACAGGGUAUGGCCUAUGCCUUGCUGGCAUCUGUUCCUCCAGUCUUUGGCCUUUACUCCUCAUUCUACCCUGUCCUCAUCUACUUCAUCUUCGGCACAUCCAAGCACAUCUCAGUCGGAACAUAUGCAGUGAUGAGUGUGAUGAUAGGAGGGGUGACAGAUCGACUAGCCCCAGACUCGAACUUUAUCAUAUGGGACAAUGUCACCAACUCCAGUAUAGUUGAUGCUGUCUCACGGGAUGCAGAGAGGGUCCGGGUGGCUGCAGCUGUCACUUUCAUGUCUGGAUUAUUUCAGAUUCUACUUGGUCUGGUCCAGUUUGGUUUCGUGGUGACCUACCUGUCUGAGCCUCUGGUCCGAGGCUACACCACAGGAGCCGCCAUCCACGUCAUCGUGUCCCAGCUCAAAUACACCUUUGGCAUCAGCCCUGUCAAAUACAGCGGACCUUUGUCAUUGAUAUAUACUGUGCUAGAGAUUUGUUACCUGAUUCCACAGACAAACAUUGGUACUCUUGUGGUUAGCAUCGUCGCUAUAAUCGGCCUUAUCCUUGCUAAGGAGCUCAAUGCAUACUUGAGUAAAAAACUCCCCGUUCCUAUACCUGUGGAGCUGCUUGCUGUCAUUGUUGCUACAGUGGUCUCCUGGCAGUUUAACUUGGAGGGGGAAUAUGGAGUGGAUGUGGUGGGAAUUAUUCCCUCAGGUCUCCAGCCACCUGUUCUCCCAGCUGCCUCUCUGUUUGGUCAGGUGAUAGGGGACGCAUUCGCUCUGUCUGUGGUUGGCUAUGGCAUUGCCAUCUCACUGGGACGAAUCUUUGCCCUGAAAUAUGGAUACAAGGUGGACAGCAACCAGGAACUAAUAGCCCUGGGCCUAAGUAAUUCCAUUGGAGGAAUUUUUCAGUGUUUUGCCAUCAGCUGCUCCAUGUCUCGCACCAUGGUUCAGGAGAGCACAGGAGGGAAGACUCAGGUUGCUGGGGCUCUAUCAGCAAUAGUUAUCCUUUUCAUCACGCUUUGGAUUGGGACUCUAUUUGAAGCUCUGCCCAAGGCGGUGCUGGCUGCCAUCAUCUAUGUCAACCUUCAUGGCAUGAUGAAGCAGUUCAUGGACAUCUCUGCACUGUGGAGAAGCAACAAAGUAGACAUGCUAGUCUGGAUAGCCACCUUCAUCCUCACCUUGCUGCUCAACCCUGACAUGGGACUAGCUGCUGCCAUUGGUUUCUCAAUGCUCACCGUCAUCUUCAGGACGCAGCUACCUACAUACUCCCUGUUAGGGCAGGUUCCAGACACUGACGUUUACAGGCCACUGGAGGACUACAAUCAGGUGAGGCAGGUACCAGGGAUUUUGAUCUUCCGCUCCUCUGCCACCCUCUACUUUGCCAAUGCUGAAAUGUAUCAAGAUGCCCUGGGAGAGAAGUCUGGCAUUGACAUCACCAAGAUCCUGUCAGCAAAGAAGAAACUAGAGGCCAAAAGGAAGCGGCAUGAGGAGAAAAAUGCCAAGAAAGCCAAGAAGGCUGCCAAGAAGAGCGCAGUAGAUGUGGAGGGGGAGCCAGAGAGGGCAGAGCAGAAGGACAUUGCCAUCAUUGAGAUGAAUGCUGAGCCUGACCCCUCACUCCCAAGAGCCAUUGUCCUCGACCUCAGCCCUGUCAACUUCCUGGAUACUGUUGGGAUCAAGACGCUACGAAGUAUCCAGAGAGACUAUGGAGAGAUUGGUAUAGAGGUCGUUCUCGCUGGCUGCCAGACUGGCGUGGUGGACAACCUGCAGACUGGUGGUUUCUUCAGUGACAAAGUGACAAAGUCCUGUCUCUUCUCUAGUAUCCAUGAUGCUGUUUUGUACUGUCAGUCUGCCACAACACAGAGCCAAGAUAAGGAGAUGACAAUGACACAUUUAUGAGUCCUGAGAGGAAUGAUGGAGGAGAGUAUGAAGAAGAGACAGACACACUGUUUGUAUGAGGAUUUUAUCCUUUGAGCUUCAGAUAACUGGGACUCCUGUCUGUCACAAGCACAGACACACAAAUCCACACACACACACACACACACACACACACACACACACACACACACACACACACACACACAUUAUCAUUUAAUCACCAACAAACAACAAACUGCAUAUGUUUAAUGUUGGUUUAUUUAUGAAAAUCUAAAAAAAAAAUAAAUAAAUAAAAUCUCAAAAUAUAAAUGGACAUGUACUUACAUUAAAAAGAAACAUUAUUUUGCCAAGUCAAAUGAUUUCCUUUGCCCGUUUCCUUUCCAAACAGAGACAGUUUUUAUGUGAGGCAUUUUGCAACAAUAGGAAAUCUCCAAAUACCCCUGUAAAGAUCUGGACUGAUGAAACAGAUAUCCUCAAGUACGGCUGCAGUGUGUUCUCCUUUUCCAUCCUACUGGAGCUGGUUGAUUCAUCCACACUCAGACUCCAGUCUGCACCUCAUGCAUCUACAGACGAGUUCAGUGAGUCUGUUUACAUACAGAGCUGGUCACUGAGAUAGUUUCCGUUCUUCUGCCAGAUGUGGAAGGUGUUUAUUGUAGUAAUUCAUACACAGAUAAUUUAACAGAUGAAGUUCCCC